CAUAAUAAUAAUUAUUGAAUCAUGUUAACAAGUGUUGAAAAUAUUGUGUUUACUACAACAUUAGUUCUCAGUUUAUUUAUAGCCCUUACAUCCGCCCAAAAUGCCCCGACGGCGAGCCCCUUCGAUAAACUAGCCGAACACUUUUUCUUCAAGUGCCAAAAUCGCACGAAAACCACCGUGGCCUUCGACAAGCUCUACGCAGACUCCGUGGAAUUCAAGACCGACCUCCAGUACGCGUUCAGUUUCAUCCCUACCAAGAAGUCGACUUUCUGCGACAGCCAGAAGAGGCAGCUGGAAAACAGGCUGGUAGAGAUAUCUAACGAUCUCAAGCCGUGUUUGGCACCCCAGGAGCAAUACCUGGCCAAUUUCAUCAGAGAGAGCUCAAAGGAGUUCUUGCAUUUUUUGUGCCACAAGAACGGGGAGAACAUCGACGAAUUCUUCCAUCCGAGGUCAGCAGCUUGUCGCAGUGCCUUAGAAACAGAUGGUUCUACUGAGAUCGGAGUAUGUUUCUCCAGAAUUUUCAAACCUGCGUCUGGAACACCCAGCAAAAAGGAGCUUUGCGAAGAUCUGACAACAGCGAAGAAAUGCUUCGCAGAAGUCCUGAACCAAAGAUGCCCUACUUACACGGCCUACAAGAUACUCAACGAAGAUUUCUUCAAGUAUGUCAGUAAACCAUGCUCUGGCUGCACAUUUUUCUUGAAUACUCUCAUGUUAGUCGCCUCCGUAAUGGUUUCUUACUUCAGCAAGAAGCUUUUGUAACUUUAGUCAUCCCAGAAUCGGUACUUAGUCA